AUGUUCCAAGAUACUGGCAAGUUAGAUGAUGUAAUUGAAGCUGUGGAACAUGCUGCAAAAAUCACCAAGUAUGUUUAUAACCAUUGUCAUCUGUUGUAUUUGAUGAUAAAAUUUACAGGUGGGAAAGAAAUACUUCGUCCAGAUCCAACCCGUUUUGCCACAAAUUUCAUUGCUUUGCAAAGUAUAUUGGCUCAAAAAGAUGCACUAAGAGAAAUGGUAACAUCAAGAGAUUGGAUAAGUUCAGCUUAUUCCAAGGAUGUGAAGGCAAAAAAAUUUGUGGAGCAAGUGUUAGACUCUAAAUUUUGGAAACAAUGUGCUGAUAUUGUAAAACUUACUGAGCCACUUGUACGUGUAUUGCGUAUUGUUGAUAGUGAAGAUAAGCCUGCCAUGGGUUUUCUUUAUCAGGCCAUAAUUAAAGCUAGAGAGGAGAUGGUGAGGAGAUUUCAAAGAAAUAAGAAGAAGGUGGAGCCAUAUUUGAAAAUCUUAGAUACUCGUUGGGAUUCACAGCUUCGUAAAAAUUUGCAUGCUGCAGGUUAUUGGUUAAAUCCAGGAUGUCAUUUUAAUAUAGAUGAAUUUGAAAAAUAUGAGCUCACAACAUCUGGCCUUUUGGAUGUCAUUGAGAGGUAUUCUUUUGGGAAUUCUGAGUUGCAAGCUAAAUUGACAAAUGAGAUGAGGAUAUUCAAAGCUGCUGAAGGUGAUUUUGGAAGGCAAUCAGCUUUACGUGAACGAAAUACAAUGAUGCCAGAUAAAUGGUGGGAAUGUUAUGGCUUUGGUGCACCAAACUUGAGAAAAUUAGCAAUUCAUAUCCUAAGCCAAACUUGUAGUGCCUCGGGCUGUGAGCGAAAUUGGAGUAUAUUUGAGCAAAUUCAUUCAAAAAAGAGAAAUAGGUUGCACCACAAAAAGCUUAAUGAUCUUGUCUAUUUUUGUUGCAACUUGAACCUGCAAACAAGGGAUCAAACGAAGCGCCAAAAUUAUGACCCAAUUGAUUUGGCAAUGAUUGAGGAGCAUUGUGAUUGGAUUUUGGAGAUGUCACCAACAUUAUUAAAUGAUGAAGAAGAGGAAGUUUUACGUCAAAACAUAGACUUGAAUGUCGUUCCACUAUUUGCAAAUGAUAUUGAUCAAUUAAAUUUGGAUGAGGAUGAAGAUAAUGAUGCAGAUUCACACAACGUGGAAGUUAUAGCCCAAAAUGAAAGCAAUGAUGGUCAAGGUUUAGAUGAGUUUGGUGGGCCUGAAUUCAUUGAUGCAACUUUGGAACCAUGGGCAUAG